GUGCAUAUUGUCACGUGGAAUGUUGGCUCCAGUAUACCACCUGAUGACAUCACGUCCCUGUUUGGGCCCGGGGUUGAAAAUGGGAGCACUGACAUGUUUGUUGUUGGACUACAGGAAGUAAACUCCAUGAUAAACAAGCGGCUUAAAGACGCUCUCUUCACAGACCAGUGGAGUGACCUCUGCAUGGACACACUCAGUCGUUUUGGAUAUGUGUUGGUGGCGUCUCAGAGGAUGCAGGGUGUUUUCUUACUGGUGUUUUCCAAAUUCUGUCACCUUCCCUUCCUCAGGGGAGUACAAACCCAAAGCACACGCACUGGCCUGGGCGGCUACUGGGGGAAUAAAGGGGGCGUGAGUACACGCAUGAUGGUUUUCGGACAUCCUGUUUGCUUUCUCAACUGCCACCUGCCUGCUCAUAUGCGAAACCUCGAGCAGCGAAUGGAGGACUUUGAAAGCAUCCUACAGCAGCAGCAGUUUGAGGGCGGCACUGCCGUGGGCGUGCUUGAUCACGAUGUGGUGUUCUGGUUUGGUGAUCUGAACUUCCGAAUCGAAGGUUAUGAUAUUCAUGUGGUGAAAAGUGCAAUUGAGAAUGACAAACUGCCUCUACUGUGGGAAAAAGAUCAGCUCAACAUGGCGAAAAAAAGCGAGUCCGUUCUGGAGGGAUUUAUAGAAGGCCCCCUGAAAUUCCAGCCAACUUACAAGUUUGAUGUGGGAACACACACUUAUGACACUAGUGCAAAAAAGAGGAAACCUGCAUGGACAGAUCGCAUCCUGUGGCGUCUGCGCAGGACAGGCUCUCCCGUGCCGUCCCAUUAUUCUGCCCUGCAGAGGGGUCUGACCUCAUGGCUGGGCGGCGCCACCAGAGUUUCUCAGCAAUUCUAUCGCAGUCACAUGGGCUUCACUAUUAGCGAUCACAAGCCAGUGUCCUCCCUCUUUACUUUGCAUUUUCCCUUUAAGGUGAACCAGCCAUUAGUGACACUGGAAGUGGAGAAAGAAUGGACCAAGUUCUCUGAUGCUACAGCAAAACUCACAAUGGCACAUGGCUUUCAGAGGAGUUCAUGGGACUGGGUGGGACUUUAUAAGGUGGGAUUUAAGCAUCACAAGGAUUACGCUGCUUAUGUUUGGGCCAAAUCUGAGCAUUCAACGCAGGUAACAUUUUCUGAGGAAGAUUUGCCUAGGGACCCAGGGGAAUAUAUUCUGGGAUAUUACAGUAACAACACGAACAGCAUCGUGGGAGUGACAGAACCAUUUCAGGUGCAGCUUCCCAUGUCGACACCACCUGCACCAGGGUGUCGUUCGCGUUCUGAUAGUUCAGAUAUCAGCUCUGAAGACGACAGUACGCUGGUCCUGUUGGCUCCCAUCUCUCGUAGCCCCAGCCCUGGAAACCACAGCGGCAAACGGCAUCAUAACCACCAGAAGCGGCAGCGCAGCCGCAGCCCUGCCGUACCUGCGCUCUCCUCAUCGCCCCUUCCCUCCCUCCAGUCUCUCAGCCUGUGCCCACGGCCCCGCGACGGGCCCGCACGGAGCUCCUCCCCGCACCCUUCCUCCAAUGCCAAGAAAGAGCGUCUGGUUUCUCCAGACACUUUAACCUCGCCCUCCCUCAGUCCUCUUAGUCCACGGAGCCCUGCGUCUCCCAGGAACGGAGUCAGCGCUCCGGAGGCUCUGAUAGCGGCCAUUUUAGGAGAGCCCAGGCCCGCUCAGAUAGAAAAAGCAGAGGAUGUGAUUCUCUGACCAAUCCCCCCACCCCUUCCUUUCGAUUCGUUUCUAGACUUUAGCAGAUGUCGUAAUGCAACUUUAGAGAAAUGGCCUGUUUCAGGACGUUCUCUGCCGCUUUUCAGACUUGCAGCUGUUUGUGAUCUCAUGCCUUGUUGUGCUUAAUUAUUUCACAAACUCUUCCUCAGUUCUCAGUACACUCUAAACAAUGCUGGGUUGUUUUAACCCAAAAUUGGGUAAAAUAUGGACAAAUCCAAAUGUUGGGUUAA